AUGCACACCAAUGCCUUAUCGUGGGCCUAUUUAAAUUCUGUUCGCCGAUUGAACAUUUUUUUUUUUCCGUCCAUGCUUGAUUUAAGAACCAAAUUGUCCCAUGUUGGGGAUACAAUGUCUCUCCGAUCGGUGAAAGAGGAAGAAGACCUUCAAAGAAUACCGAUUCCAGACGAGGUGUACAACUACAAGAUUGUCCUCUUAGCCAUAACGGCAGCUUCUGCUGCCAUCAUAAUUGGUUACGACGCAGGGUUUAUUGGAGGUACAGUGUCUUUGACUUCUUUUCAGCAGGAGUUUGGCUUAGAUAAAAUGUCUGCUGGGAAAAAGGCAGACAUCGAGGCAAAUGUUGUUUCUGUUUUUCAAGCUGGCGCUUAUUUUGGAUGCUUGUUUUUCUACCCAGUGGGCGAAUAUUUGGGAAGGAAGGUAGGCCUCAUUCUUUCUGGAUUCUUCUUGACUUUUGGUGCUGCCAUCUCUUUGAUUUCCAAUAAAGAUAAUGGCUUAGGAGGGAUUUAUGCUGGCAGAGUAUUGACUGGUUUUGGCAUUGGUGGUUGCUCGGGUUUAGCUCCGAUUUAUGUGUCAGAAAUCUCCCCAUCAGCCAUCAGAGGGAAACUAGUUGGAUGCUGGGAGGUUUCUUGGCAAGUGGGAGGUAUUGUGGGAUACUGGAUCAACUAUGGAGUCUUGAAACACGUGCCUGUGAGCAGAAAACAAUGGCUCAUUCCUUUUGCAAUCCAGCUCGUUCCAUCGGGAAUUUUUUGGAUUCUCUGUUUCUUGCUUCCAGAGUCUCCACGUUUCCUUUUGGCAAGAGGUAAGGUUGAUAAAGCGAGAAAAAAUUUGUCUUACUUGAGAAAUUUGCCUGAGGAUCACCUUUACUCACUCCAUGAGAUGGAAGUGAUCAGUACGUCCAUUGAGGAGAAUUAUGCUGAGACAGGAAGGGGUUUUUUUGCACCCAUGAAGGCCCUUUUCUGUACUAAAAAACUACUUUACAGACUCGUACUCUCCACAUCUUUAUUCAUGAUGCAAAAUGGUUUUGGAAUUAAUGCCAUAACAUACUACUCUCCAACCAUUUUCAAGUCACUUGGUGUACGCGGGUCUAAUGCUGGUUUGCUCUCAACUGGUAUCUUUGGUAUAUUGAAAGGUGUCGCCUCUAUCAUCUGGGUCUUCUUCCUUGUGGACAGAUUUGGUCGUCGUGUAUGCCUUUGCUUCAUUGCGAUACCGUGUACUUUAUGCAUGUGGUAUAUUGGAGCCUAUGUGAAGAUUGCUGACCCAACAUCGCAACUAAAAGAAGGAAACAUCUCGUCUUCUUCGGGAGGAACAGCAGCCAAAGCGAUGAUCUACAUUUGGACUGUAUUUUAUGGUGCAACAUGGAACGGUACGCCUUGGGUUAUUUGUGCUGAAUUUUUCCCUCAGUCUGUUAGAGCAGUUGCCCAGGCUGUCAACGCUUCUUCCAAUUGGUUCUGGGCAUUUAUCAUAGGCCACUUCACUGGCCAGGCAUUGAAUGCGAUAGGAUACGGAUACUACUUUUUGUUCGCAUCUUGCUCUCUUGUAUUUCCAGUCGUUGUGUUUUUCAUUUAUCCGGAAACAAAGAACGUGCCUUUGGAAGCUGUUGAUUAUUUGUUUGAAGUGCCCGCUUGGAGAGCCCACUCUCACGCUUUGCAAAAGUUUGAAACGGUCAUGCUACAAGGGAGAGAAGAAAUUCAUGAAGAUAAGAGUGGGAUAUUUGUGGAGUCCGUUGAACAGAAAAGUUCAAACUAA